AUGGAAAAGCCUGUCCAGCAAUCAAUUUUUCCCCUCCUUCCCAAACCAGCCUCCAAUGCCACAAACCUGAAGAGAGCUGAAAUAGUUAUUUUACAGUAUGCAAGCUUCUGCUCUAAUAUGGUAAUUUUUUUAAUUGCCUCGGAAUCAUUGGAUCAGACCUCAAUGAUCCAUCUGCAUUUUUAUAAGAACGGAUCACGUUCUUUUGGCCCUUCUCUCCUAGCUGCUAGAUUUUAUCUACCUUUAACAAACGCUGUGAAAAGCAUUUUAGAGUCAAAACCCCCUCCAAGUCAUAAUAUGACCCAGGUUUCUUCCUGCCAACUGUUUCACUUAGAACACAAGUAG